AUGUUUUCCUUCAUGCCUCUCCUCCUACUACUUGUUUCAAGUGUGUUUUUGUCUUCGACACAUGUAGCAGUGAUCUCCCCUCAGGAUCCCGUCCUGCAGAUCGGCUCCUCUCUAACAGCCACCUGCACGCUGAAUCCCGAGCUUGGCAGCCGCACCGGCUCGUUGUACUGGACUCUAAACGGCAUGAUUCUGUCCAACAGCACCUACAGCAUGCUGGGCCCUGACGCAUUGAGUGUCACUCUUCACAACCUCAACGGCUCCCAGCAGCAGUCUGGAGACAACCUGGUGUGUCAUAGAGCAGAUGGACACGUCCUGGCCGGCUCGUGUCUCUACGUGGGCAUGCCUCCAGAAAAGCCUGUCAAUAUAACAUGUUGGUCCCGUAACACAAAAGACCUGAGCUGCAAGUGGAGCCCAGGGGGGCGGGGGGAGACCCACAUCCAAACCAAAUACAUCCUCAAGUACAAAUUGAGGUGGUAUGGCAAGGAGAAGGAAUGUGAAAAUGACGGCACAGCAGGGAAGCUGCGUUACUCCUGUUACAUCCCCCGCAACCUGGCUCUCUUCACGCCCUAUGAGAUCUGGGUGGAGGCAGCCAAUCAGCUGGGCUCUGCCACCUCCGACAUCACCACCCUGGACAUCCUCAAUGUAGUGACCACCGACCCUCCUGCCAACGUUCAGGUGAGCCGCGUCGGCGACCUCGACGACCAGCUGACAAUCCGCUGGGCCAGCUCCCACGAGCUCAAGGACGUCCUAUUUCAGGCCAAAUAUCAGAUCCGCUACAGACUGGAGGAGAGCGUUGAAUGGAAGGUGGUGGAUGAUGUUGGUAACCAGACAUCAUGUCGGCUGGCAGGUCUUCGGUCCGGGACCGUCUAUUUUGUCCAGGUGAGGUGCAAUCCAGUGGGCAUCUAUGGCUCCAGAAAGGCUGGCAUCUGGAGUGACUGGAGUCAUCCGGCCGCUGCCUCUACGCCCAGCAGCCAGCAGCUGAAGAGUGGGUCCUGUGAUUCAAAGCCCAGCCAACGAAACUCCACCCUGCGACGGGAACUCAAACAGUUCUUCGGCUGGGUCCGCAAGCACGCGAAUGGCUGCAGUGGCAUGUCGAUCAAACUGUAUGAUCAGUGGAGGGUGUGGCUGCAGAAAUCGCACAAAACACGCAACCAGGUAGAUUUUUCAAGAAGAUAAUUCAUAGCAUCACCACUGAGGAUCACUGUGAUGCUUAAUUCAAGAAUAGAUUAGUGGCCCCGUGGGUCCCAGCUGUGUGAGAGGUCCAAUG